AUGCCACCGUCAUACGCAUGUCUCGGGAAGCGUAGCCGGGCCAGGAACCUCAGCACUUGCGGUGCCACCCGGCCUAAAAAGGGCCUGAGUAUCCUGGAGUGGACGGGCGGCGUGAUCCCACAGGGCGUGCUGGUGAGCGGGGUGAAGGCCGCAUGGAAGGCGGCCUGGCUCACCUUCAUGCGCGAGCUGGCGCCCCAGGACGCCGAGGGGGCCUACGUCCGCCCCACCUACUCGUUCGAGGGCGUGCUAGGAUCCCCGGACUUCCCGCUGGAGACCGGAAGGUAUCGCCUGUACCUCGGCAACCCCUGCCCCUGGUGCCACAGGGUGGGCCUGGCCCUUGCAGCGCGCGGCCUCGGCGACCACGUCGAGGUGGUGCACCUGCUGGACGACGCGGAGCGUGCAUCUCGUGGCGGCUGGGUCUUGAGGGCCCCGGACCCAGUGUCUGGAGCGCGGGACCUGAGGGGCGUGUACGAUAGCCUGAGCCCCGGGUACCGGGGACGGUGCACGGCGCCCCUCCUCGUCGACCUCGCCGCCCGUCGCAUCGUGUGCAACGAAUCCUCGCUCAUCGUGCGCAGCCUGAACGCGUUGCGCCUGCCGGGGGACUCAGGCGUGGACCUGGCGCCCCAGCACCUCCUGCCUGAGAUCGAGCGCUGGAACGACAGGAUCCAGGCGGACAUCAACAACGGGGUGUAUCGCUGCGGCUUCGCGACCACCCAGGCGGCCUAUGAGGCCGCGGAGUUCUCGCUGCACCAAGCCCUGGAAACGGUGGAGUCGGCGCUGGCCGCCUCCCCCUUCCUCUGCGGGGCCGCCGCCACCGAGGCGGACCUGCGCCUCCUUCCCACCGUGCAGCGCUUCGACGCGGUCUACGCCACGCUGUUCCGGUGCGGGCGCAGGAGGAUUGCGCACGACUACCCUGCCGUCGACGCGUGGAAGGCACGCCUGCUUGCUGCGCAUGUGCCGGGCCAAGCCUUGCAGCUGCAGGACUGCUAUGACCAGGCGGACGCUGCGCGCAGCUACUACACCCAGCUCUUCCCCCUCAACCCGAGCGGGAUCGUGCCCGUCCUGGAGGACCCAGGGAAGAGUUUGGAGCGCCAAGGAGCAGAGGAGCGGCCAGCGCCUGUGCCCAUCACAUCCAUCUUCCAGGUGCACCCCCAGAAGGCCUUGGCUGCGUGA